AUGGCAAGCGCAAGACCGCUCCUCCGCUUCCCCUCCCCAUGGAGGAGCUCACUCACCUCCCGUCCCUCACGCCUCACAACCCCAACGCCAGCCGCCCCACGACAAUUCUUCAACCUCCCAAACCUCGCAGCAGCAGCAGCAUCCUCCCAACCCCAAGUCCUCACAGCCUCCCGCACCAUGCCCUACCCCUCCCCCCAACUCUACGACAUAAUCUCCGACGUGGACGCCUACUCGACCUUUGUCCCCUACUGCGCCGCCUCCCGCGUGACAGCCUGGUCCGUACCCGACGCCGCCACGGGCCGUAAAUGGCCCACGCAAGCCGACCUCCGCGUAGGCUGGGGUGGCUUCGAGGAGACUUUCACCAGCAGACUACACUGCAUCCCCGGUUCUAGCGUCGAGGCGAUAAGCGGUGCGGACGUCGAGGGCGCGAGUCCCGGGAAUGGAGGGGAGGGCGGUGCCGUGUUUAGGAGUCUGGUGACAAAGUGGCAGCUCCGGCCGCUGACUUCGGGGACGGGCACUGAGGUGGAUUUGGUCAUAAGGUUCCAGUUUGCGAACCCGUUGUAUUCGGCCGUCAGCGCUGCGGUUUCGGAAAAGGUGGCUGGCGUCAUGAUUGAGGCUUUCCAGAAACGGGUCAAGGCUGUUUUGGGCACUGGAAGACUAUAG